AUGGCGACUCGCCCCACCGACUCAGCUCUCGUUGCCACAGCCAUCUCCGACUCAGAGAAGGCCUGGCACCUCCUGGCCCUCCUCUUAUCACUAGGCCGCCCAACUCACCUCUCCGAGCUCGCCUCCCGAUGCACGCUGUUCCCGGCGUCGCCUCGCCUGGUCCAAUACCUCUGCUCCGUUCCCGGCUCGCCUCUCGCCUUAUCGGAAUCUCUCUGCGUCACGCCGUCUCUGGCUUCCUUUGAAGCUUUCGUCGAGUCCGUUUCGUGUGGCGGUGCUGGUGAUGCACUGAGAAGCUACUUGGGGAAGCGAAAGCGGUUCGUUGUGGAUUGCGGAUUCGGGCCUCUGGCCAAGCGGAGAUUGAUUGUGGAUUUUGGAAAUUUGAAUGAAGAAAUUGGAGCGCCGAAAUCAGUUGGAUAUAGUGCUCCCAAGAUACAUUGCCGCAUGACUGACUACAUCAGCAGAAACAUAAACAUGUUAGAUGAAAUGAGGCCGAAUAUAAUUGUGCAAACGAAUGUUAACAAAACAAUAAUGGCAUGUCAAGCUGAUGCAGAACCAGCUAAUCCCAUUAGCAUGUCCGAUGCUUUGGUCCUUUACAAAGGAGCUAACUUACAUGAGUUAGACUGCACGGGAACAAAUUUCCUAGAGAAAGUUGAACAAAGCAAUAUAUCAGCAGAGGUGGAUGUGAAUAUUAUUGGCAGAUGUAAAGUUACAAAUCUUAGAAUUGUUGAAGAUGAAAGAAUUGUGGGAGGUGAGGACGAACAGUUGUUAGUAGAUCCUUCCAGCCGUAAUGGAGAAAUAGGAAAUUUAUUUCAGCCAUGUACUGCUCUUUCUGAUAUGCUGCCUGAAAGUGACUCCAGACUGAAAAAUGCAAAUUGUAAAGAUACGAUGCCUUCGAAUAAAAAUCAAACAACAAGACAUGAGAGCUCUACCAUAUGUCCAGCUACUGAAUUCUCUGCUGCUCGAAAGCAAUUGUUGAAGCCCUCUGCCAAAAUCAAGGCCAUUCACAAGGAUAAGAUGGCUCCAAGACUGCAAUCACACUACUUAGAGCAUGAUCAGACUGUUGCCACUCCGAAAGAGAACCAGCACCAGAAAAUAUAUCAAAAGCCAAUCAGCAUGGCACAGAAAUCAAAGCAGAAUUAUGAUGACAAGCAUAUCAAUGAAAGAAAGAGACGCCAUAACUCUAUUUCUCCUAAGGAUCAACCAGCGAAAAAAGAACUUCCUAUUUUUGAAUCUUACAUUGUAGACGAAGAAGAAGGUUCAGGAGGUUAUGGCACUGUUUACAGGGCACAAAGCAAGAAUGACGGGACAAAGGUUGCUAUUAAAUGCCCGCAUGCUAAUGCUCAUAAGCAUCAUGUUAACAAUGAGUUAAGGAUGCUGGAAAGGUUUGGGGGCAAAAACUUCGUGAUAAAAUAUGAAGGCUGUAUCACGAAUGGAAAUUCAAAUUGCUUUGUAUUGCAGCACGUUGAGCAUGAUAGGCCUGAGGUUUUAAAGAAAGAGAUAGAUGUUUUUCAUCUCCAAUGGUAUGGCUAUUGCUUGUUUAAAGCGCUGGCAAGCCUUCAUAAACAGGGCAUAGUGCACAGAGAUGUUAAACCUGGUAACUUCCUUUUCUCUUGUAAGGCCAGCAAGGGUUACCUCAUUGAUUUCAAUCUUGCCACGGAUUUGCAUCAGAAGUAUGGAACAAGUGGCAAAUCAAAAGUUGGAUAUGAUGUAAACAGCCUUGAUGAGAAACUUACCAAUGCAAAAUCUAUUCCUCGAACCACGGUUAGGAUGUCAACUGUUAAAUCUUCAAUAAAGGCCAAUGGAGAGACCAAAAAAGGUCUCAAACCCACUUUUGAUCCGAAGGACUUGAAAAAGAAGGCUUUCAGUCAAGUGAAGGCCUAUAAUGAUUCAGGUAGUUGGAGUGUUAUGAAAAGUCAAGGUGCAGAUGGCUCAGGCAUAACGUCAGCAAAGGAUGUGACAAGUGCCAGGACUCCUCCAGCAGAAAGGCUGAGGGAACCUUUGCCAUGCCAAGGAAGGAAAGAGCUCAUCAGCCUAGUACAGGAAGCAAGGCAGAGUCCAAAUCAUGAAGCAUCAGGUGUUUCAGCUCCUAUGAGAAAGAGGGUUCCCGCCCCUCCUGGAAAUGAGGAUGGCAAGCUUUUCUAUAUCACUCCUAUGCCUCUGCACUCAACUGGCAAUGAUAUAGGUGGGGGUGGAAAGCAGAAGAAAGAAGGUCCUUGUGCUGGAACUAAAGGCUUCCGGGCUCCAGAGGUUCUCUUGAGAUCCCCACAUCAAGGCCCCAAGGUUGAUAUCUGGUCUGCUGGGGUCACAUUACUCUACUUAAUAAUUGGCAGAACACCCUUUUUUGGAGAUCCUGAACAGAACAUAAAGGACAUAGCAAAGUUGAGGGGCAGUGAAGAAUUAUGGGAAGUUGCCAAGCUACACGACCGUGAAUCUUCAUUUCCAGCGGACCUCUAUAGUACAGAGUCUUUGCCAUCUAUUAAACUACAGGAUUGGUGUAGAAGGAGCACAAAGAGACCAGACUUCUUUAAGGAAAUCCCUAGACCCCUUUUCGAUCUAGUGGAUAAAUGCUUGACAGUGAACCCUAGGGUUAGGGUAAGUGCAGAGGAAGCCCUUAGACAUGAAUUUUUUGCCCCAUGCCAUGAAGUGCUGAGAAAGCAAAGGCUCCAGAGGCAGGUGUUAUAA